AUGGACGAUAGAAUAUCUCAACUACCAAUACCCAUACGUCACCACAUUCUCUGUUUCCUCUCUCAGAAAGAAGCUGUGGAAACUAGUCUACUCUCCAAACAAUGGCGCCACAUAGGAUCAACCCGACCCAACCUCGAAUUUUCCGAAGAAUGGUUCGACGACACACAAGAAAAGUUUGUCUCCGUCAACAGCUCCAUAGGAUCUACACAAACACGCCCCAACCUCAACUCUUCUGAAAAAUUGAUCAACAGUACACAAGAACAAGAACAGUUUGUCCCCGGCAUCGACCGAACUCUACAACGUCGCCGUGAUAAAAAAUGCUCCAAACUGCACCGCAUUCUAUAUCUCCUCAGCAGACCAUGGCGCCCCAAAGGAUCAACUCGCCCUAACCUCGACUCUUCCCAAAAAUUGUUCAACACUACACAACAAAACUUUGUCUCCGUCAACUCCUCCAUAGGAUCAACUCGCCCCAACCUCGACUCUUCCGAAAAUUUGUGCAACUGUACACAACAAAACUUUGUCUCGGUAGUCAAUCGAACCCUACAAGGAUACCUUGAUCAAAACCUCUCGAUACACAAACUCCAUCUCGACAUAUCGAGGCCCGACUCACGACCGGUCAUCUCCCUUCUCGACAAAUGGAUCCCCAUAAUAGCCUCCCUCAACAUAAAAGCAUUCAAACUCAAUUUUCUUUCAUAUACGCAGCCGUAUUAUGACCUGCCCUCGGCAGUGUUCUUAGCCGAGUGCCUCGAAGAACUACACCUGAGCAAAUGCAGGCUGAGGCCGGUCGAGAGCGUGCGGUUUACAAGUUUGCGCACGCUCACCCUCCAACAGGUCCAAGUUGAUGGCGGCACUUUCGAUACGAAUAUGUUGGGCUGCCCUUUGCUCAGGCGCCUGGUCCUUAAUAGUUGUUUGGAGUUGAGAAACAUUAGGGUGAGCGACGCGGCAUCGCCUGGGCUCAAGCACUUUGCAUUGUGUGAUUAUGAGAGGAUCGAAGGGCGUAGCAUUGAAAUUGAUGUCCCGAAUCUCGAGACGGUCACCAUCCAGGGCCCAUGGAUUUGGUCUCACCGCCAAAGCGCAUUCUUGUUCUCUCGUCUCACGAUUUUGCAUCUUUAUAGUGUGAUCCUGUCGAGUGAGUCGUUCGACCUCUUAUCGUUCGGCUGCCCGACUCUUGAGAGCUUGACCCUAGAUAAUUGCUCUGGUUUCGAGGAAUUCCAUCUUGCAAGUGAUUCGGUCAAGUUCUUGUUCAUCUCGACAAGAAAUAUACCACUUAAGGGAGUUACGAUUUGUGCCCCAAACAUUUUCUAUUUUGCGUUCGAUGCCCGUAUUCCCCAGGUGCCGGACACAUUCUCUUUCACGACCACUACUUCCAAGGAGUGGUACUCACGAAUAUUUCUCUCCUCAUAUGAGGAAGAUCCCGAUUUCGACGUCAAUUGGUGGUUCCUUGAGCUGAGGCGAAUGCUCAAGGCACUAAGUGGGUCUUGGAUUUCUCUGUUAUUGCAGAUGGACGGCGGCCCUCAGUACGUGCCCUGUAGUACUUUUCUCGGUGACGAGCCGCCUGUGGUGGUGCGGGUCUUGGAUUUUACUACUUGUAAAUGUCGCAUGGCGUCUUGGUACUUGGAGUUUACGAAAGGCUUGUUUCGUGUUUGUCGACCGAGGUGCGUAUGGGGUGGUAGCCUCGUGAGCGAGUCGGACACGAAGUACAGGCUCUCGGAGUUUCAGUUAAACAUGUUGCUUGCAAACAACGUCAGGACCGAGCCCUACUUUUGGCGGCACAGUUUGGAGCAAGUUCAGGUCGAUGGUCAGCUCGUGCAGUGGACAGACCAGUCGGAAUUGCGAAACAGGACGUAUGACGGGAAAAUAUGGCUAAAGUUGAAAUGGAGAGGUCAGACAAAGGCAUAA